AUGGCUCGUUUUCUUGGCUAUGUGUUGCUUCUGCCCUUCGCAGCGGCAGUGAACGUGACCAGCACGCGCUUCCUGGCUGGCGACGUCGCAGCGUGCCCGGGGGAUACCCGGGGUGAUGGGAGGUGCAACAAGGAUGACACCCACCGCGUGUGCGCAAAGAUCGGCGUGGAAGGCACAUCCUUUUGGGAGUUCACGGGCCAGAGCAGCUGGUGCAACACGGACAUUUACGGCGAUGGCUUGAUCGCUUGCCCCCCACAGAAGCCCUACUGGUGCAUUUGCAAGUGGGCCACAGCUUCGUGGAUCAAAGGCGAAGGCUGCAACGACAAGGUGAACUUCGACUGCGCAGCCACGGACGUUUGCAAUCUCAAGGCAUCCUACACAGACGGCAACGUCGACUUGAAGCCCGCCCACGAUUGUAUGCAGACGAAGUGCAAGCAGCAGUGGGACGCCUGUCCUUGA